UUUGUGGAGAAAUAGAGAAGGGUAAUUAUUAGAAGAGGGAGAAGGAAGUGGCAGAACAAGUCAUAUCAAGGAGAGACAGCUGUAAUUUCAUAAAGACAUCAAGUUGUAGAGACAAGUGUGCUGCUUAAGUAGUUGUUGUUGUACUCACCUCGACUCAAUCAAUAACACAUUGCAUCAUCAGACGUAGGCAAAAGCAAGAAAAGCCAGAUUUGUCAAAUAUUCUCGGUGUAUUAUAUGUCACUUUAUAUGGAUUACGAACGGUGGCCAUGAGACGGACUAUGUUCAUUACUUAGACAAUCCUACCAGAUUAAGCAAACAUGUCGCUAGAUGGACUAGGAGGGAUGGCUAUGGCGGAGGCUUACACGGCGAGGAAGUUUCAUAGAGAGAACAUGAAGACUUUAACGGCAAGCACAGCCACAACCGUCGGUGGUGGAAACGAAGACAACGGUGGAGGAUAUAGCCGGUGGUUCUUCGGAAAGCUGAGUAUCAAGAAAAGCUCGGCUAAAAUGAUGAGCUCUUCUUCAUCUUCUACUACCACACAAGCUGUAGCAUUCAGAGACAUGGGGAUGUAUGAACCAUUCCAACAGUUGUCUGGUUGGGAAAACACUUUCAACACUAUUACUAAUAAUAACAAUCAGAGUACUUCCAUAGUUCAUGAGGUGGAUGCUGCUAGAACAGAAGCAAAUGAUAACAAUAAGGGAAAUUAUACUUGUUUGUAUAAUAAUUCUGUUGAAGCAGAACCUUCUAGUAACAAUGAUCAGGACGAUGUUCCUAUCAAUGAUAAGAUGAAAAGGAGAUUAGCUCAGAACAGAGAGGCUGCUCGCAAAAGUCGUUUGAGAAAGAAGGCACAUGUUCAGCAGUUAGAAGAAAGCAGGUUAAAGCUAUCACAGCUCGAGCAGGAACUUGCAAGAGCUAGACAACAGGGACUAUGCGUACGCAAUCCAUCAGAUACUAGUUAUCUAGGACCAGCUGGGACCAUGAACACAGGAAUCGCUGCAUUUGAGAUGGAACACAAACACUGGCUAGAAGAACAGAACAAGAGAGUUAGCGAGAUUAGAACAGCGCUACAAGCACACAUCAGCGACAUUGAGCUCAAAUGGCUUCAGCCAUGGAGAAUCUUCAGUCCUUGGAGGGUUUUGUGA